ACCACUGUGCCGAUGGAUUUCCAAGCCGGCAUCCUGCGGGAUGGCAACCCCAUGGAGAGCCUGGAGAAGCAGCUCAUCUGCCCCAUCUGCCUGGAGAUGUUCAGCAAGCCCGUGGUGAUCCUGCCCUGCCAGCACAACCUCUGCCGCAAGUGUGCCAAUGAUGUCUUCCAGGCUGCCAACCCGUACUGGCAGAGCCGGGGCAGUGUGAUUUCGGGGGGCCGGUUCCGGUGCCCAUCAUGCCGCCAUGAGGUGCUGCUGGACCGUCAUGGUGUCUAUGGGCUGCAGAGGAACCUGCUGGUGGAGAACAUCAUCGACAUCUACAAACAGGAGUGCUCCAGCAGGCCACUGAAGAAGGGGGAGCACCCCAUGUGCAAGGAGCACGAGGACGAGCGGAUAAACAUCUAUUGCAUCACUUGUGAGGUCCCCACGUGCUCCAUGUGCAAAGUCUUCGGUGCCCACAAAGACUGCGAAGUUGCCCCCCUGCAAACCGUCUUCCAGGGCCAGAAGACCGAGCUGAACAACUGCAUCUCCAUGCUGGUGGCAGGGAACGACCGCAUCCAGACCAUCAUCUCCCAGCUGGAGGACUCGUGCCAGAGCACCGAGGAGAACAGUGAGGCAGCCAAGCGGGAGCUGUGCACUCGCUUUGACACCUUGGCAGCGCUGCUGGAGGAGAAGAAGUCGGAGCUGCUGGAGCGCAUCAGCCGCGAGCAGCGCCACAAGACAGACUUCAUCCAGGGCCUCAUCUGCCAGUACAAGGAGCAGCUGGAGAGGUCAAGUCGGCUGGUGGAGACGGCUGUGCAGGCCAUGGAGGAGACAGGGGGAGCAGCCUUCCUCAUGAGCGCCAAGCAGCUCAUCAAAACGAUCGUGGAGGCCUCCAAGGGCGGCAAGCUGGGGAAGAUUGAACAGGGCUAUGAGAACAUGGAUGGCUUCUCAGUGAGCCUGGAGCACCUCACUGAGGCAGUCCGUACCCUGGACUUUGACUCUGCUGAGGAAGAGGAGUACUUUGAUGGGGAGGAAGAAGAGGUGGAGGAGGAUGUGGCACCCGAAAGAACAGUGAUGGCUCCCCAGUAGCCGCGGUGGUGUUGGCAGCAUGGGAGGAACGUCACGGGUGCAGGAUGUCCGUCGACGGGACUCGGGACACAGGGGAGGCACCAUGGGGUCUGGUGGCCUCACAAGCCAGCACCUGCUUCAGCACAGGACACUUUUCUAUACGGGUGCAAA